GCCCGCCACAAAAAAUCUCAUCCACCACAACCCAUGGUAUUAUCCCGAAAAAGCACGCGAUUUCCGCCUUCCCUUCUUCAAGAACGCCAUGGAAAUCUCGCGUGCUCGCCGCGACUUCUUCUCCUCCUUCUUCCCGCAGCAGCUUCGCACGCUCUAACCAAACCCAAGGUACGCGACGCGCGACACCGGGACCUGUUCGCUUUCUCCUAUUGCUCUGGUCGUGCGACCUGUCCACAUCCAUGGCCAUGGCCGCGCCAUGGUCGUCGUCCUGCUGCCCCGCGACCGCGUCGACGAGCGACCCGCGGCCGCUGGGUCCGGGGAGCCUCAAGGGCGCGGCUUGGCCGGUUGGUGGUGCCGGCUGGAGGAAGUGCAGGGAGCAGGGGAGGAACAGCCGGCGGCGGCUGUCCGUCUGCGCCACGGCGACCGCGCCGCCGCCGCCCGUUGACUACGCGGACACCAGCGCCGGCGCCGGCGCCGACGCCGACUACGUGGCGUCGCUCAAGGUCAAGCUGCUGGGCGCGGUGUCCGGGCUGAACCGCGGCCUGGCGGCGGGCCAGGAGGACCUGGACCGCGCGGACGCGGCGGCGCGGGAGCUCGAGGCGGCGGGCGGCGGGCCCGUGGACCUAGGCCGGGACCUCGACCGGCUGCAGGGCCGGUGGCGCCUCGUGUACAGCAGCGCCUUCUCGUCGCGGACGCUCGGCGGCAGCCGCCCCGGCCCGCCCACCGGCCGCCUCCUCCCCAUCACGCUCGGCCAGGUGUUCCAGCGCAUCGACGUGGUCAGCCGGGACCUGGACAACAUCGUCGAGCUCGAGCUCGGCGCGCCGUGGCCGCUGCCGCCCGUCGAGGCCACGGCCACGCUGGCGCACAAGUUCGAGGUCGUCGGGACGUCGGGGAUCAAGAUCAAUUUCGAGAAGACGACGGUGAAGACGAAGGGGAGCCUGUCGCAGCUGCCGCCGCUGGAGGUGCCGCGGAUCCCCGACAACCUGCGGCCGCCGUCCAACACCGGGAGCGGCGAGUUCGAGGUGACGUACCUCGACGGCGACACGCGCGUCACCCGCGGGGACAGGGGCGAGCUCCGGGUGUUCGUCAUCGCGUGACCAAGAAAGAGCUGCCAGUGAAUGCCAACCUUGUAUUGUAGCAAUCCGUUUGUCCAUCAUACGGUAAUCUGGUAGUAGAAUUUCGACCAAAAAAGAGUUGCGCAUCGCACUUUGCAAAAGUGUUGCCAUUUGUUUCUGCAUUUUUUUUUCUGGUUGCAUCCCAGAACAACAUUACGAUCAAUUGAUUGACCGUGCA